GGCGCGGCGCCAGCUGGGAGACCAAGCCCUCGGCCCCACCCCGAAGCAGCCCUGGCGGGGGCGUCGCCCCAGCCCCCGCUCCAGGGCCCCGUGCGUGUUGGGGACCCUCCACGUGACUUGGUGAUGCAGAACGGCUAUGACCUUCAGCGUGUAUCUGUGAAUGCGAGGGUCCCAGUAACAGCGCGGGUUUGCGCCCGGCCCUGCCUGUGGGUGCGGGGACGUGGAUGUGUGGGCAUGUGUGGGUGUGUUGGGGAGGGUGCCCAGCGACAUGUAACAAAGGCUCCCGGCUCUGUCUCUGGGAGAUGGUGAAGGGGCCCACGAGCUGGCGCUUUGUCUGGCUGCAGAGUGACGGUGUGCGCAGCAGCAGCAGCAGCAGCAGCAGCGGCAGCGGGCGCCCGUGCGGUGCAGGAUGCCGGGACGCCAGGGUGUCCGGGGGCGCGCGUGCCUGUGCCAGGGUGAGUGCGCUGCGGCAGGACUAGAGAGCUGUGCGGAAGGCCGGAGCUGGCCUGGGCCUCGGCUGUGACCUGGGGCCACCCGUGGGCGCGUGUCCCCGUGACCUCGGGAGCCAGCCCAGGGUGGAUCCCUGCGCACCCCUCCCUGUCCGCCUUCCAUGUGCAUGUCCGCGGCGCGCGUGCUCGCCAGCGCGCACUCGCCUGCUGGUCGCCACCGCCACGAGCAUAGCCGGGGAAAAGGUACUGGGAACCGAUUGAGCCGGCCGGGCCCAAGCGCCAUGGGCCGGAGGGCGAGCGGUGGACGGCUGGUCAGCCCCAGGCCUUACCCCCGCGGGAGAGCUGCCUGGAGUUCGCGGCCGGCCGGACCUGCGGGGAUGCCGGUCCGUGCCCCCUGAACUACAGAUACCAGGCCUCACCGUGUCCCAGAGCCUGUACUCCCCGUAACUGCCUGGGAGAUGUGACCUGUACUCUAGGAGGCUGGCCCUGCAGGCCCCAGCCUUCCCUCAUCCCCGAGGGGGCCCCUUGGGCCUUUGACUGACUCUCCCCCGCCCCCAGGCCAGGCUCUGGAAGCUGGCUCCUGGGACUGGGCCUGGGCACCUGUACCAGCCCCACCUGUGCCUGGGCCCUUCCCCACAGGGCACUCACCAUGGCCCCACCGCUCCUGCUGCUGCUGCUGGCCAGUGGAGCGGCCGCCUGCCCACUGCCCUGCGUCUGCCAGAACCUGUCCGAGUCGCUCAGCACCCUCUGUGCCCACCGAGGCCUGCUGUUCGUGCCGCCCAAUGUGGACCGGCGGACAGUGGAGCUGCGGCUGGCUGAUAACUUCAUCCAGGCUUUGGGGCCACCAGACUUCCGCAACAUGACCGGGCUGGUGGACCUGACGCUGUCCCGCAAUGCCAUCACCCGCAUCGGGGCCCGCGCCUUUGGGGACCUGGAGAGCUUGCGCUCCCUGCACUUGGAUGGCAACAGGCUGGUGGAGCUGGGCACUGGCAGCCUGCGGGGCCCCGUCAACCUGCAGCACCUUAUCCUGAGUGGCAAUCAGCUGGGCCGCAUAGCACCAGGGGCCUUCGACGACUUCCUGGACAGCCUGGAGGACUUGGACUUGUCCUACAACAACCUGCGGCAGGUGCCCUGGGCUGGCAUCGGUGCCAUGCCUGCCCUGCACACCCUCAACCUGGACCACAACGUCAUUGACGUGCUGCCUCCGGGCGCCUUUGCCCAACUUAGCCAGCUCUCCCGCCUUGACCUCACCUCCAACCGCCUGGCCACAUUGGCACCUGACCCACUCUUCUCCCGGGGGCGCGACUCCGAGGCCUCGCCUGCCCCCCUGGUGCUGAGCUUCAGUGGGAACCCCCUGCACUGCAACUGUGAGCUGCUGUGGCUGCGGCGGCUGGCCCGGCCCGACGACCUGGAGACGUGCGCCUCCCCGCCAGGCCUGGCUGGCCGCUACUUCUGGGCAGUGCCCGAAGGCGAGUUCUCCUGUGAGCCGCCCCUCAUCGCCCGCCACACACAGCGCCUCUGGGUGCUGGAGGGUCAGCGGGCCACACUGCGGUGCCGGGCCCUCGGGGACCCUGCGCCCACCAUGCACUGGGUUGGCCCUGAUGACCGGCUUGUCGGCAACUCCUCCCGAACCUGGGCUUUCCCCAAUGGGACCCUGGAGAUUGGGGUGACGGGCUCUGGGGACGCAGGGGACUACACCUGCAUUGCUACCAACCCUGCUGGUGAAUCCACAGCCCAUGUGGAACUGCGGGUGCUGGCCUUGCCUCACGGUGGGAAUGGCAGUGCGGAGGGGGGCCGCCCCGGGCCCUCGGACAUUGCUGCCUCAGCCCGCACUGCUGCUGAGGGCGAGGGGACACUAGAGACUGAGCCAACUGUGCAGGUGACAGAGGUGACGGCCACCUCAGGGCUGGUGAGCUGGGGGCCUGGGCGGCCAGCAGACCCUGUGUGGAUGUUCCAAAUCCAGUACAACAGCAGCGAGGAUGAGACCCUCAUCUACCGGAUCAUCCCCGCCUCCAGCCACCACUUCCUGCUGAAGCACCUGAUCCCCGGUGCCGACUAUGACCUCUGCCUGCUGGCCCUGUCACCUGCCGCUGGGCCUUCUGACCUCACGUCCACCAAGCUGCUGGGCUGUGCCCACUUCUCAACGCUGCCGGCCAUGCCCCUGUGCCACGCCCCACAGGCCCACAUGCUGGGCGGGACCCUGACUGUGGCCGUGGGGGGUGUCCUUGUGGCUGCCUUACUGGUCUUCACUGUGGCCUUGCUGGUUCGGGGCCGGGGGGCUGGGAAUGGCCGCCUCCCCCUGAAGCUCAGCCACGUCCAAUCCCAGACCAACGGAGGCCCCAGCCCCACACCGAAGACCCACCCGCCACGGAGCCCCCCACCGCGCCCCCAGCGCAGCUGCUCCCUGGACCUGGGAGACACGGGCGGGUGCUAUGGUUAUGCCAGGCGCCUGGGUGGGGCCUGGGCCCGACGGAGCCACUCUGUGCACGGGGGACUGUUUGGGGCCGGGUGCCAGGGGAUGGGGGGCAGUGCAGAACGGCUGGAAGAGAGCGUGGUAUGAUGGGAAGGGAGUCAGCCCGGGGUGGAGGGUGGGGGGCAGGCAGCCACCUGGCCUGGGUGGGUCAGCACUGCCUGGGAGUCCCUCCCUCUUACCCUCGGUACCUCAGGCCCCCUUGUGCUUGGCAGGACAGGGGGCCCUUUCCCUGGUUCUGGCCCACUGACAGGCAUAAGGGGUCAGCCCCUCUGACAGGUGCUCACAGCCACCGAGGCAGGGGCUGCAGCCACCAAGUGGGAGUCUUGUUUUUCUUUAUAAUAAAAUUGUUGGGGACACCUCA